AUGGGCAGUGCUGCUUUCAUUUACAAGGUUGCAUAUGCGAAAAGAGCAUUUCAAGAUCCAGAUCUGAGGAUGACCCACAAUGUGCAUACGAUGUCAUCACUCUUAGGAGGUGCACUUUUCAUAGCAGAUGAUUUCUUCCGCGAAACUCCAUUCCUUCAUGCUGGCUGGCAUGUUGCUGCUGCUGUUGGAGUUAGUACCUGUAACAAGCUUCUCGAAUAA